CCAGGGGUCGCGACUCCCUGUGGUAGAUUGCGCUGCCACGCAGCUUAGAGACGCGCACCACGCAGCGUCAAGAGUCGGCUGGUCAAGACACCCUCCUCGACCACUCUGGAACAGUUCAACAGCGUCCGGUCGGAUGCCCCGGCAACCUUCGUUUCUCUCGACCUGCUCCUGAUUUCUAUCCAGCCAAGUUCUCACCGACCCGCCAUAUCACAACUUCCUGAGUCGAUCGCAAGCUUGUCAGAGCUCACAAGUCCCGGAAAACCCCCCUAUUGCGAUUUUCGAGACCCGGGAUGGUUGUCUGGCGGAAAUGAUGCAACAACAACGACGCGAUGAGAUCCUAGCCAAGAAGGCGAAGCUUGCAGAGCUCAAGAGGCAAAGGGAACUUCGAGCCAACCAAGCCGCUGCGGGUAGAACAAGCAUCGGAGGGCCUGGCGACAUCCUUUCCCCAACGCCAAGCAGGGCAGACAGUCGCAAGGAGAUUGAGCGCAUCCUCAAUGAUCUGGUCCCAGAGGGCAGACCAGUCUCUUCUUCUCCUGGAGUUGCGUCCCCAGGCCGUGGCAGCAGCAGACCCCUCAGCAUCUUGAGCGCUGGGGAGCUCAGUGCCGAGAACUCAGAGUCCGCCUCACAAAUUAAUGGUGGCCAAUCCGAGCAAACUGCUCCUCCCCGGCCACUGCCCGAGCUUUCGACGGCACCCGUCUUCACCCUCUUCGAAUGUCCGCCAUCACCAGUAAAGGAGGUCUUCUCCUACAGCAAGGGUGUUCAGACCACCGAUGAGUGGACGCCACCGACUCCGCGAAACCGGGCAAUCUCAGAACUGCCAGAUGAGGACCUACCCGCCAACACCUCCACGCCCAGCAAGCGGAUGAGCCGGAGGGACCAGCGAAGAGAGGAAGAACUGCGACAAAACCUGAGAAAAGAAAUCGAGGAAGAGCUCCGGGAAGCCCGCGAUCUUGUAGCUGACGGGCCCCUGCAGAAAGGCACUAUUUCUACCACCAAUUUUCCUGCAAGAGCUCUAACCGAUGAAGAGCUCGUGGCGGUCACGGCUUCGGACGAUUUCGUCGAAUUUGUCGAGCGCUCCACAAAGGUCAUCGAGCGAGCGCUGGACAUAAGCAACGAGUACGACAUUCUCACCAACUAUUCGCUGCAGGCGCUGGAUAUCGAAGACGAAGAUGAGCAAGCUGGUAACACUGGCGGCAAAGGGCGGCGGCGUGUAAAGGAGGUCAUCCAGUUCUACGACGAGCGGUGGUCUAAAAAACGAAUGGUCAGCAGCUUGGACUUCUCGCCCAAGUUUCCGGAACUAUUGUUGGCAUCAUAUACCAAAAAUCCGUCCGCACCUCACGACCCUGAUGGAGUUGUUCAACUGUGGAACCAGCACCUCCAGGAUCGGCCAGAAUUCCUCUUUCACGCCCAGUCCGACGUUUUGACCGCCAAGUUUUCACCAUUCCACCCGAAUCUCAUCAUUGGCGGCACCUACUCCGGUCAAGUCUUGCUAUGGGACACACGAGCCAAGUCCGCGCCGGUGCAGAAGACACCUCUGACGGGCUCUGGACACUCACACCCGGUGUACUCCAUCGAUAUUGUAGGCACCCAAAACGCCAACAACAUUAUAUCUGUGUCUGCAGAUGGCGCGCUCUGCGUCUGGAGUGUCGACAUGCUCUCGCAGCCGCAGGAGUCGUUGACCUUGACGGCACCACCACCACACAAGUUCGAGGACUUGGCGCCGACGUGUAUGGCUUUCCCACAGUCUGAUCCAACGUAUUUCUUGGUUGGGUCAGAAGAAGGGUCAAUCUAUCCAUGCCACAGAUAUGAUCGCGCCGGAGCCAAGGCUGGUGUAGAUCGCCGUAUCUCAUACAAGGGCCACGCUGCGCCUGUCAUGAGUGUUAAUUUCCACCCAGCUCGUGGUCCUGUUGACCUCGGGGACCUUGUGCUAUCAUCCUCACUGGACUGGUCCGUCAAGAUGUGGAAGGUCCGAGCCCCCGCAGCGACAUCCACCAUCGUUGAAAGUCUUUCGGGGGCCAGCGUGUCACCACUGUGUGAGUUUGUUCGCGAAGACGUAGUCUACGAUGCAGCUUGGUCACCUGUCCGUCCUGGUGUCUUCGCGUUGGUGGACGGUGCAGGGGCCCUGGAGAUCUGGGACGUCACGGUCGAAAACGAGAUACCUGUGGCCAAGAUCACACCUUCUCCUGGUAAAGGCGCGCAGCGUUAUGGCAACUACCUCCGCAGUCUCAACAAGGUCGCCUGGGACCAGGCCGAAGGGAAGCGGCUAGCCACGGGUGGCAUUGAGGGUGUUGUCAGCGUCUUUGAGGUUGGCCCGGACCUUGGAGGCAAGGAAGGCGCUCGGUCUGAGGAGUGGACCAACGUGAAGAAGUUUGUAGCUCGCCUGGAAGCUCUUAACGCCGGAACGAGCGGUGUUGUCUAAGCAUAUAUUAUUUCAAAGACGAAGGACGAGGCUGUCGCGUGUUUUGGCUGCGGGUCGAGGAGCGCUUAGUUUAGACCGCAAAGCUGUGCCUGGUUUGUUGUAACUAUACCCCUGAAAUAUCCGGAAAACCCGGAAAACCCAACUCGCGUAGGUUGUUCUAGCGGAUAGCCUACACAUUGGAACGUGAUAGACCUUAAUGUUAUGGUGAUGGCCAG